AUGAGCGAAACGAUAAUAGUGAUGGUCACGGCAUUAGCUUCCCACCGCGAUGCCGCCUCAUUACCGGCCGCGGGCCGAGGCGCGAUCUCGCAAUUAUCUCACACCGCUUUGAGCAAUCGGCCCCACCCUGUACCGAUCGCAAUUAGCAAAAUUAGCAACGUGCACGAAACACCGAAACACAAAGGUCGCAACCGAAACUGCGACUGUUACACCUUGGCUAAACAUGAGUUCUUUAGCCUUCUCCGAUAC